AUAACUUCCUUCCUUAUAACUUCGUAAAAGAGUUAGUACUUUAAAAAUUUGGUUAACCGCAAGGUGUCAUUUGAGAAAAAUGUCGGCAUUGAAGGAGUAUAAAAAUACAUUUUCCGACAUCUCAAACCUAAACUAAAUCAUUACUCACCUCAGCCAAAAAUGUCCGAGGCCGCUGUAUGUUUUUCGAAGCACAAAAUCGUGCCGGAUAUCUUGAAAACGUGCCCCACUAGUUUGCUUAAGGUAACAUAUGGCGGUGGGCAGAUGGUGGACAUGGGCGGAGAAUUGACACCCACACAGGUGAAGGAUCAGCCAAAUGUUGAGUGGGAUGCGGAUCCGAACGCCCUAUACACGCUUAUCCUUACCGACCCGGAUGCGCCAAGUCGAAAGGAUCCCAAGUUCCGCGAGUGGCACCACUGGCUGGUGGUCAAUAUUCCAGGAAACCAAAUUGAAAACGGUACGGUUUUGACCGCCUAUGUGGGUUCCGGUCCGCCGCAAGGAACCGGGCUUCAUCGCUACGUCUUCCUGGUCUACAAACAGUCUCAAAAGCUCACGUGCAGCGAGCCUAAAAUCCCGAAGACCAGCGGCGAAAAGCGAGCCAAUUUCAGCACCACCAAGUUCAUGAGCAAGUAUAAACUGGGAGAUCCCAUUGCCGGCAACUUUUUUCAGGCACAGUGGGACGAAUAUGUGCCCAAGCUUUAUAAACAACUGUCCGGUAAAAAGUAGCCUAAAGUCUUGUUUUUAAAAUCACGUUUCCAGGGCCGAAAAUAAUUUGAUUGCUUAAUUUUACAAUUAGGUUGUGCUUAAUUCCAAAUCCUUGUAUUUCGACCUGUAAAAUAAAAUAAUAUAUAUCAACAAGAA